AUGCUCUCCUCAACGCUUGUAUUCGUUCUUCUACUUGUUUGUGUCUCAGCAUCCUCCCCUUCUUAUGAACCCAUGGACAAACGAGUUGCUGAGGAAAUGCCAGAAUUUCAGAAGAGUCUCUUCGAACUUCUCGAUAAGAGACCACCAGUCGUCCACAGCCGAGCAUCACGAAUCGACUGUAUGUUGGCUCUCCGAAGUUUUGAACUCUGCCGCAACUUGCUCUAA